AUGUCGUUCAAAUUUUACAUUUCCGCUUUGGUUGUCGCGUGUAUUUCCUAUGUUGUAUACCAUAAGUACUUAAAUACAAAUCCUAGUAUUAUCAAGAAGCCAGAAAGGCGAUACGAUUAUAUUGUAGUCGGCGCUGGAACAGCAGGAUGUGUUAUUGCAUCGCGGUUGUCCGAAGACCCCAAUGUCAAAGUGCUUCUUGUAGAGGCUGGGGGUCAUAUGGGAUACUUUACGAAAAUACCCUUGACGGCCACCGCGGCACAGCAAGGGCCUAAUGACUGGUCGUUUCAUGCUAAACCACAAAAGUACUCGUCUUUUGGAAUGUGGAAUCAGACACCAGUUAUACCACGUGGCAGAGGUCUUGGUGGUUCUGGGCAGAUAAAUUUUCUUCUUCACGGUUUUGGAUUGCCUGAAGAUUAUAAUAGGUGGUCGCAAUUAGGUUUUCAUGGUUGGACUUUCAAAGAUUUAAAGCCAUAUUUCUUGAAGGCAUUUGGCACGACGGAAAGCGAAUUUGAAUCGCCAUGUGUGGCUGGUGGAUACUGCAAUGAGUCUAAGAUUCCAAUGCACCUUAAGAAAAUAGACGAAAACAACGAACUAAUGAACACCUUCAAGCGAGCAUCCUCUAGGCUGACAGACCGCUACACUCUUUUUCGUAAAGCAACUGCGCCAGUUUUAUCGGGACGCCGACAUCAGGCUUUUGAUGCGUACCUAAAACCAGCUCUAAAUAGACCCAAUCUACACGUUAUGUUGAAAACUCAGGCUGUAUCUGUGAGGUUCGAUGACAAAGUGGCGUCCUCACUCUACGUGCUGGAAGACCACAAAUAUCUAAACAACAUAUUUAUAAAUAAGGAGAUAAUAAUUUGUGCGGGAGCUAUAAAAACACCACAAAUAUUGAUGUUGUCUGGUAUUGGACCACGGGACUUGUUAAAAAGACUGAAAAUAGUCCCUGUGGUAGAAAACAGCCAAGUGGGUAGAAACCUUCACGAUCACUUGAACGUUCCUCUCUACGUUAGCAUCAGAAAGCCCAUAAGUGUAACUCUGGCUAAAGUCUUUAGCUUUUUCACCGCCUGGGAUUACUACUGGAAGGGAGAAGGAUAUUUAUCUUUUCCACCCGUGGCCGGUAUCGAAUAUAAAAAUAUGUCUGCACUCAUGUUAUUCACAAUGGGAUCCACUAGCGAGCGACUUUUGCGAGACCUCUCAAAUUACAAACCACAGGUCUUCCGAGACAUGUUCCCAUUCAACAACGACACUAGCAAAGAAGGGUUUGUUUUCCUCGCAUCAUGUGUUCAGCCCCGAAGCCGAGGGUCUGUCUCUCUUCGGGAUACCAGUACCACAGUGCCUGUCGUGGUCAACCCUAACUACUUGCACCAGGAGUAUGACGUUCAGUGUAUUGUGAAAGCUUUACGUCGUGCAGAGCGUUUGAUAUCAACGAAGCCAUUUAAGGAUAUUGGGGCUAAGAUUCAUUGGCCCAGGGUCGAGAGAUGUCUCAGCCUCUGGAGAUACAGCAGCCAGGAUCAGCUUGGCCUGCAGAGGAGACGGAAGAAGCUCAAAUACCAAAAAGGAGUAGAAAGAACCAAACCUAAAACAAUAACACCGCCGAAGCCCCGAAGACCCCCAAGUCCUCCAGAUGAAUACUUGGCCUGUGUCACACGUGAGGUGGCAGUCACCGGUCAUCACGUGGGAGGAACUUGCGCUGGUGGCACCGUUUUGGACAACCAUUUGAGGGUAAAAGGAGUUAAAGGUCUACGAGUGAUGGACGCCAGCAUCUUCCCAUCACCGAUUUCUUUGUUCCCAAAUUCGGUGAUCAUCGGUAUGGCAGAGAAAGCAGUGGAAUUAAUUAAAACUGAUGGUCUUCUUUAA